AUGGAGGAGGGGUUGGCGGAACGAGGUUUGCGGCGUCGGGAAGGAAGUCUGGAACAACAGAAUCAUGCGGCGAUUGAGGAGGAAUUGUUAGAAGGGUAUGCGGGCAUCUCUUUGCUCGACGAGGAGGAGAUGUUGAUUCCGGCAGGGGGGGUUGUUGCGCCGGCGAUGGGGGUGGAUCGGAGGGCCACAGAUUUGCAACGUGUGAUUGAUGAGAGGCCGUGGUCCUUUGAUAACCAUACCUUGGUGUGUCGACCGGUGGAAGAUGGGAUGCUACCGAAUGAUGUGGUUCUUGAUACGGUUGAUAUGUGGGUCCAGGUCUAUGGACUCCCGAUGGGUUAUACAUCAAUGAUCAUACAGGAGCAGGUUGGUAAUUUUCUGGGAGGUUUUCUGAAGGGCGAUGAGAGGUUUGAUGAUCGUCCGUGGAAGGCGUUCUACCGGAUCCGUGUUAGUAUUCCGGUGGCUAAACCGUUGCGUCGAAGAAUGAAAUUUGCAAAGCGGGAUAAGUCUUGGUGUUGGGUGACAUUCAAGUAUGAAAGGCUGCACACUUUUUGCUUCUUCUGUGGCUUACUGGGCCAUUCAUACAAGUUCUGUUUACAGGCGCGAAAUUCGACUCUCGCUUUGGAUCAGUAUCUGUAUGGGGUGGAGAUGAAGGCGGGGUUACCACGCGGCCCUAGGCCAGUGGGCAGUUCGUGGCUGGUUCCCGUUGGGGGGAAGAGGGAGGAGGUGGCCGAGAGGGGAGACCCGCCCAUCCUUAUGAGUACCUUGAGUUGGAACUGUCGUGGCUUGGGUGAUCCACGAACAUUUCGGGAAGUAGUGGAUAUGGCAUCCAGAAAGAAACCCGAUUUUAUUUUUCUUAUGGAAACGAAGGUUGCUAGAGAUCAUGUUGAACGGUUGCGGGUGAAACUAGGGUUCCAGGGGUUGUUCUAUGUGGAUAAUAGGGGGCGUAGUGGAGGUUUGGCACUGUUGUGGAAAACGAAUGAUACGGUGCGUCUGCUAGGUUACUCUCGUAACCAUGUGGAUGUCGAGUAUGAGAAGAGGGGACGUUGCAGACAUCCCGAAUCGCUGUUGAGGGGUUUUGGUGAAACACUUGAGGACUGCGGCUUGAUACAGAUCCCCAUGAUUGGUUAUCAGUUUACAUGGGAGAAGGGGGAGGGGACGGAGGAUUGGAUAGAGGAGAAGUUGGAUAGAGUUGUAGCGACUGAUGAGUGGGAGGUGGUGGAAGAGGCAUGGGGACAUGGGGUGGAGGAUCUACAGGCCCGGGUAGAGAGAUGUGGCGUAAAGCUACAGAAGUGGGGUGGUAACCGUUUCCAUAAGUUUGGGAAACGGAUCGCUAGUCUCAAGAAACAACAAUUGAAUUGCCGUGGUCGUCUGAGCCCCCAGGCGUUAGCAGACUUUCACCGUCUGGAAUCUGAGUUAGUAAGAUUGGAGAAGCAGGAGGAUGUAUUCUGGAGACAAAGGGCGAAGCAGCAUUGGCUUCGUGGGGCGGAUGCAAACACUCGCUUCUAUCACAGGUAUGCUUCUGCCCGAAAGCGUAAGAAUACUAUUUUACGACUUAAAGAUGAGUUAGGGGGAUGGGUAGAUGGUGAUGGUAUGAGAGCAGUUGUAAUGAGUUAUUUUAAUAAUAUUUUUGCUGCUAACCCCGAUGUGAGUAAUGGAGCGGACUUUUUUGCCUCUAUCCCUACUCAUGUUACCGACACCCAUAAUGAAUGGCUGAACCGGCCGUAUGACCCGGGGGAGGUGAAAGAUGCGUUGUUUUCUAUGUUUCCAGACAAAGCACCGGGACCGGAUGGAAUGAAUCCGGGUUUUUAUCAGAAGUUUUGGGACAUAGUUGGUCCAGAUUCCCCUGAGAUGGUCACGGAUCUACGCCCGAUUGCCUUGAGUAAUGUUGUUUAUAAGAUUAUUGCAAAAGUAAUCGCUAAUCGUAUGAAGCCCCUUUUAGGCGAUAUUAUUUCUGUAUCGCAGAGUGCAUUUAUUCCUGACAGGUUGAUUACUGAUAAUAUCUUGAUAGCUGCCGAGGUUGGACAUUUUCUUAAUAGGAAGCAGUUGGGUAAGGUGGGGUGGGGAGCUUUGAAGUUGGAUAUGGCAAAAGCCUAUGAUAAGAUGGAAUGGGCAUUUUUGAGAAACAUGAUGUUGGCUUUAGGCUUCCAGGUGGGAUGGGCUCAGGAUAGAGGUGAUGUACAUGGUUUAAGGGUGGCGAGAGGAGCACCUGCUCUCUCACAUCUUUUGUUUGCGGAUGACAGCCUCCUAUUCUUUAAGGCAAAUGUUGGUGAGGCACAGGCAGUUAAACGGUGUCUUACUGAUUAUGAGAAGCUUUCUGGUCAGACUAUUAAUUAUAAUAAGUCAAAUAUUUGCUUUAGUAGGAACACUCAGCAGGUUGAAAGAAAUUUGGUGGCGGCACAAUUUGGGGUUCAUCAAGCACAAAAUUUUGGAAAAUAUUUGGGGCUGCCAGCAUUUGUGGGGAGGAAUAAACAGGCGGUGUUUGCUUAUGUGGAGGAUAAGGUGAGACAGAGAAUUGGCUCCUGGAAUAAGAAACUUUUGUCUAGAGCAGAUUCUGGUGACGCAAUGGGAGGGAUGGGGGGAAUACAUUGGCUCGCCUGGGAUAAAAUGAGUGUACCAAUGAAAUAUGGGGGCCUAGGUUUUAAGGAUUUGAGAGCUUUUAAUGUGGCUAUGCUGGGUAAGCAGGGCUAG